AAGAACUUGAACAUUUCAUUUGAGUGCUGACAAUACGAUAAAUUCUUCUUCUAUUACUACAGAUAUUUCGUCAACUAGAAGUGUUUUGUUAACUUUGACAGAUAAAUCUCAAGUGUUUGCAAUUUCGAAAAAUCCAUAAACACAAGUAUAUAACAGAGGCGUAUUCAAUUCAAUGCAGGUAGGCCGUUGGACUUUUGAGAUAUUUGGGCAAUCUUCAUCUGAAAUGAAGGCAAUGAAGGAUAUACAUAACAAUAAAGGAAGAAAUAUAUGUAUCUUGGAAAAUAAUUUUGCCGCAUGCACGAUGAGUCGACGAAAUCAGGUUUCACACAAAAGGAAGUGAAUUAGAAUAAGUGAGCUUAAAUAACUGCGGGAGGAAAAAUGUGUAAUUUUUGAAGAUAUUCCAAAGUCGGUUUAGUUUUGAGUCGAGAUUGAAAACAUGAGGAAUUCCACACUACUAAAAUGGGCCAAUUCAACCAAUAAUAAGAAUGGAACAAACAAAAAUGGAACUACGGGUAGAAACUGGAUACACCCACCGGAUGCGCUUCAAAAAGGCCACAUCGCCUAUCUAGUCAAGUAUUUGGGCAGCACGGAAGUUGACCAGCCCAAGGGUAUCGAGGUCGUUAAGGAUGCCAUUUGCAAACUCAAGUUUAACCAGCAAAUCAGAAAAAGUGAAGGGACAAAAACGCCGAAAGUCGAACUCACAAUUAGCAUAGAUGGAGUUGCCAUUCAAGAACCAAAAACAAAAACUUCUCCAAAGCGAAUUUUGCACCAGUAUCCGCUACAUCGGAUUUCCUACUGCGCGGACGAUAAGGGCGAAAAAAGAUUUUUCACGUUUAUCGCGAAAGAGGAAGAUGCAGAGAGGCACAUGUGCUUCGUUUUUGUAAGUGAUAAGCUGUCGGAGGAAAUAACGCUGACGAUCGGCCAGGCUUUUGAUCAGGCGUACAAGAGAUUUUUAGAAACUUCCGGCAAAGACAUUGAAGCCCAAAGACGCACCAUUCUUUUGCAGCAAGAGAUCAAGCGACUCGAGCGGGAAAACAACUUCUUCCGACAGCGGUUACAAGACAUCGCGGCCAUCAAGGGAACGGCGGAUAUUUCGUCGUACCUCUCGCAACACAAUAUUCCUGACAUUUUAUACAUUCCGGAGGUGCCCACUGCGUCAACAACCACAGCGUCAACGACGACCAAUUCAUUGACAGACGCCUCUCGAGUCAAUGGAGGCCCUGGCAAGUUUAUCCUCAACUCUAGUAGCGACACAAACGGAAAUGCGUCCAAUGGUGCUCAACAGCCACCUCCAGUUCCCCCGAGGAGUUUCGAGAAAUCUUUCGACGAUGACUUUAUUGGGAAGAAUUCUUCGACGCCAACACCUGCUGUUGGUACGAAGUUGGAAGGUCUUCUGAUGGACGAAUUUGAGGAAGACUUCAAUCCCAGAGCUUUCGAGAAUCCGAGCAAUGGCUCGCCAAAUCAUCAGUCAAACAAUAAUUCUCUUUUGAAUGGUCAGUCACCAUCAGGAUCCAAUUUCUUCGCACAGACCAAUGGAUUGAAUUCCGCGCCUCUUUUGGCUCCUCCACCGAAAUCAAAGGACUCGAGGCGACAAAACGGAGCGAAGGAAGAUCUGUUUGGAAGCGUUCCUUUCAAUCCUGCGCCCUUUGAUAAAAACGAUUUUAAAGAUCCCUUCGAGAUGGGAGAAUUCGGUAGCAUGACAUCGAGUUCCGGACCCAGUCAACAGGAAUUAGAAAAUGCCAUUGGACUUUUGGAUAAGAAACUUUUAGAAAUGAAGGAUGGCUUCAGCAGAGGUCUUUCGAUGGACACUGACGAUUUUUCGCUCGAAAGUCUCGACCCACUGAGAAACUGAAUGGAAAAUAAAAAGGAAAUUUACUCCCCGUACCACUCAACGAGAAAUGGACGUCACUCAAUGGGACCAAUCGCAAGGCCUGAAACCAAAAUUAGUCAAUUUACUACAUUUAAUCAUAUUUAUGAGUCUUUGAUAUUUAUACAUAUCACUCAAUGAAUAUAAUCAACAUUUCUUCUUCCCUUCUAAAAUCAAUUUAUUUAAAUAUCAAAUUAUUUUUGUAAACGCUUGUCGAGAAAAGGAAUUUGCAAAGUUUUCACUAUUUAACAGUGAGAAUUUUCACUCUGAAAUCUAAUGUCAUGUGGAACUCCUAAUGCCUUUCUUGGGAUAAUAUAUAAUUAUCAAAAUUUUCUACUUGUCUUCGGGGCAAAUUGAGAAAAGUUGAAAAAACAAAAACGCCAUCAAACGGACAAGUGUGAAUAAAACUAACUGCGAAGUAGAUUUUAGAACAUAAUUCAUUAUUCAUAAUAAAGGAAAAGGAAUAAAACAUAUUUUAAGUUCCUAACAAAGUGAUUAAUUCAAAUGUUCCAGGAGACAGAGAAACACUAUUUUACAAUUUUUAUUGCGAUUCUUUUGCUAUUUAUAAUUUUUAUUAUCAAUUUCUCUAUUUUAAAAAAAUCACUACCUAAUUGUUCAAGAGUUUGCCAACAGUCCAAUUAUAAACGAUUUAGAUACAUGCAAAUUUUGAUGCUAAGAAAAGAAAAGACGUUUUCUUUAAUCGAAUCUGAGAUCUGAAAUGUUACUGCGAUGCAAGAAAGUAAAUUAUGUACAUAUAUAUAUUAUACUAUUGUUGUUGUAUUUUUAAGCCUUUUCUCUAAGAAUAUAUCUUAUUAUUAUUAUUAUUAUUAUUA